AUGGAUUGACCCAAGACGAGCAAAUGCCGAUAAGCCGAUGAAGAGUCGUCGGGCAGUGCCAUGACAGCUCAGAACUGAUUUCACCACCGCCCACGUUGUGCCCUCUCCACACGGGCCCGAGGCAUUGCAGCCGUUUCAUACUAUCGAUACACAUCGCUUAGGUAGCGUGCACACAAAUAAACCUAACUGCUUUCAAGAUGGCCGCGAUGUUGCGCUCGCGCGCCUACGUGGCGCACCAUGGAUAUCAGCGGCAGCUGCGCGUCUGUACACCCACCAGGCAUGUGGCGCACGCCGGCUUCGCGGAGGGCGCCGCGGAAGCGACUGGCGCGCCAAACACGCAGCCGGAGGCCGCCGAGGAGGUAGCCCAGCUGCGGACCAAGCUGGCGGCAGCCGAGGCCAAGUUGGCUCAGGCGACAGCGCAGGCCAAGCUGGCUCAGGCGACCUCGCUAAAGACCAAGCUACUCGAUCAAUUCAUCCAUGGGGCCUUCUGGCUUCUGGUGGUUGUGAUUUUAUGCGCGGUCAUGGGCGUGAAUGUUUUCAAGCUCUCCGUGGUGCGGACCCCCAUCACAGCUGUGUUCGUGCUGGCUCCCAUCCUCAAGUUCACCAAAGCCAUCGACCGCAUCAUCAUUCUGGUGGUGCGUGCGCUGCGAGCCAAACCGCGAGAUGAGUAAGAGAUUCAGUAGGACGCACGUGUUGGCCGUACCGCCGGCGCACGCUGGCAAGGCCAAGCUAUACUAUCUGGGUCUGCAACGUGGGCGCCCGGACGCAGACGGUGUGCGGGUGGUGACGGUAGGUGUGUGGGUGUCAGAGGUUGGCGGGUGCUGGCGGGGUGGUGCAGGUUAGGGAGCGAGGCAGCGAGCUUAGGGACUGAUUGAUGAUGCAGGAGGCAGGAAUGCAGGAUGGCGUUGUCCCAAUCAUUUGCCGCGUAUUGCAGCGUUGCGACCAUUUGCAGCGUAUUGCAGCGUACUUAUUACUUGCAGACUGCACUAGUCUGUUGACAACCAAGGUGCGACGGCAAGACGUGAGCGCGCGGCUGGUCGAACGCCGGAGUUACUGUGCGUGCCGAAGAGUCGUCGCUGGCAGGCUGGCAGUUUGCUGACGCACAUGCCCCACGCCGGCUCCGGCAGGUGCCGGGCCACGCGAUAGCAUCAGAGUUAGGGAGUUGGAUGGGACUGAAUGAUGGUGAGGGAGCUGGGACUGGUCGUUGAUGUGGUUAUUAGCAGUGGCGGCGGGCUGCAAGGACAACAUUGAGGCGGGACACUGUUGUGUGUGGUUACAAGGUGGUGAGCACGACGUGCAUUCCUGGGACACACUUGGGGACACAGACCACACGCCCGCGGGUACCAUACCGUAUGUCGAUUAUGAUGGCGGUUGUGCUGGAAGGAUGCAGGUGAGGAUGUGAGCUAAGACGUGAAUUCCCGCACGAACGCGUGAGGGGGAGGGGUUUCGAGUUUGGGGUGCUUGCAGUUACUGAUACGGCGGUAUUUUAAAUUCGACAUCACAAGAAAGGACAGUCCGACCAACCAAGGGUGCCUGGCACCCAUGUCAGGAGGGAACCAUCUCCGGCCCGAAGGGAAACCGCCGUAUUAUGGAUGCUGAGCGGGCACGACGGCGCAGGGUAGCAGGUGUCGCAAAAGAUUUACGGAUGUCUCGGACUCUCGAUUAUUCCACGACAUGCUUGGGUGCGAGGCGAUCGUGAACGGAACGGCAGGGGAACGGGGGGAUCAGCAUGAAACAUGGAACUAAGCAGAAGGACACCCAGGGGG